UUUAUUCUCUGGAUCUGGGUGGGAAGCUGAAGUCACACUCUCUGUCCUAUGAGGGACCCAGAGGCAGAACUCGCAAUAACUUUGCUCUGCGGACUGAGUCGGCUCUGAGCAUUGGUAACAAGAAGCUGUGUAUAGAAUCAUCUUUAUAGUCAACUUCAACAUGCUUUUGGUGCACCCAUGGAAAGCAGUUCACCAACCUUGAAGAGGCCUAGUUUCUUCAGUAUCUUCUAGAGGUUCAGGACUUCACAUUUAAACUUUACCUCCACCUUCACCUCAGGAUCCUGUCAGUGAAGAAGUUUCUGCUGUUUAAGGUCUCUUGUGUACUUAAGAAACAAUUCUGGGAAUAUUUUUGCUGUGAUACAGUGACCUAUGAUGAUGUGCACAUCGACUUCACUCAGGAAGAGUGGGCUUUACUGAAUCCUUCCCAGAAAAGUCUCUACAAAGAUGUGAUGCUAGAGACCUACACGAACCUCAAUGCUGUAGGCUACAGUUGGGAUGACCAUAAUAUUGAAGAACAUUGUCAAAGUUCUAGAAGACAUAGAAGGUAUCUACAAAGGCAUGAAACAAUUCAUACUGGAGAGAAACCGUAUGAAAGUUUUCAAUAUGGUGAAAUCUUUGAAUGUCACAGUUGUCUCCAGCUCCAUAAAAGAACACAUACUGGAGAGAAAACCCAUGAAUGUAAUCAAUGUGUUAAAGCUUUUGUAAGUCAUGGUGUUCUUAAAAGACAUGUAAAUGCAUGUGCUGGAGAGAAACCCUUUGAAUGUAAUCAAUGUGGAAAAUCAUUUUCAGAAUGCUCUAAACUCCAAAUACAUAAAAGAACACAUACUGGAGAGAAACCCUAUGAAUGUAAUCAAUGUGGGAAAGCAUUUUCAGAACGCUCUAAACUCCAAAGACAUAUAAGAACACAUACUGGAGAGAAACCCUAUGAAUGUAAUCAAUGUAGUAAAGCCUUUUCACAAAAUUGCAGUCUCAUAAGUCAUAAAAGAACACAUACUGGGGAGAGACCCUAUGAAUGCAAUCAAUGUGGUAAAGCCUUUUCACAAAACUGCAGUCUCAAAAGUCAUAAAAGAACACAUACUGGAGAGAAACCCUAUGAAUGUAAUCUAUGUGGUAAAACCUUUUCACAUGGCAGUGGUCUCCAGUAUCAUAAAAGAAUACAUACUGGGGAGAGACCCUAUGAAUGCAAUCAAUGUGGUAAAGCUUUUGCAGGUCAUGGUGAGCUUAAAAGACAUAAAAGAACACAUACUGGAGAGAAACCCUAUGAAUGUGAUCUGUGUGGUAAAGCUUUUCCACAACACUGUGGUCUUGUAAGUCAUAAAAGAACACAUACUGGAGAGAAACACUAUGAAUGUAAUCAAUGUGGUCAAGCUUUUUCACAACAAAGCAGUCUUGUAAGUCAUAAAAGAACACAUACUGGAGAGAAACCCUAUCAAUGUAAUCUAUGUGGUAAAGCCUUUUCACGUGUCAGUAGUCUCCAAUGUCAUAAAAGAACACAUACUGGAGAGAGACCCUAUGGAUGUAAUCAAUGUGGUAAAGCCUUUUCACAUCACAGUACCCUGUUGGGUCAUAAAAGAACACAUACUUGAGAGAGACCCUGUGAGUGUAACUAGCAGGGUAAAGUAUUUGUAUGUAUCAUCAGUCAUUAAAAUCAUGAAAAACAUCAUAUUGCAGAGAAAUCCUAUAAAUAUAAGCCAUGUGGCAAAGCUGUGCACUUUGUAUAUCACAAUAAUCUUUGAGGGCCUAAGAAAUUCAUACUAAAGGGAAUCUUACUACAAAGGAUUUGUCACAGUCUUCAGAAAAUACACAUUUGGUUACACAAGAUUCUGGAAAGAAAAAAUCUGACAAAUGUCAACAAUCUGUUCAAGUACUAUGAUGUCUCUUUUGUUUGCUCCUGCAAAUUCAUAUGGAAAAAGCUCCUAUGAAUUCAUUGAUAAGAUAGCCCUUUUUGAUUUCACACUUUUCUUUAUUACAUAAAAAACUCAUCCAGAUUGGUUGAUUUCUCUAAAUUCAAUCCUACAUGCUUGCUUUCUGUUCCAUGAUGAAUGGAAACUGUUAAGACUUUAAAUGCCUCAAUACCUGGGUUACAGGAAUGUCUUCUUACAAGACAAAAUAUUCACAUGUAACAGUCUGUUUGGUUAGAGAUUUGGUUUAAUUUUAAUUAAGUGAGGUCAGUGUGUGGGUUUGUGAAUGUUCAUGCUUGUUCCCAAGAAGGUUAGACCCUUGAGUAUUCCUGUAGCAGGAACUACAGAAAGUUCUCAAAAACCUGACCUAGGUCCUGGCAAUGAACUUGUCAUAAUUUUGCUUGUCCAUAUCUCUAACCCUGUACAUAUUUUAAACCCUUUUUGUAUCAUCUUGAUAUCAGGGAAAAGCUCAUGGAAGAGAAAACCGUAUUCAUGUAAACAAUUUUGCAAAGACUUCAUACUUGUCUUUAGUUUCAAUAAAAAAUUGUUUCAUGUGA